AUGCAAGUGCUAUGGCGUGAGGCACUGGAAGGGAACUGUCCAAUUACGGUGGACAAGUUCCUUUACUGUUAUAAGCCCUUGGAGAUAAAGAAAUCUACUGGUUUUUACCAGUUCUCGUCCAGGGGCUCUUAUUACAGUUUAAUUAAGGGUUGCAACUCAUCUGACCGGCUUUGGAAAAAAGAAUUUUUUGUUAUUUCUGGAAAUUGGACUGGGGACCCAGCUGAUGUGGGUAGUCCCCCCUUCUCACCUUUUACCAGCCCUCUAGGUCGUCUUCGUCCUGAGGCUGUUGUUCGUCCACGCUUGGACAAAUUUUAUUUGGACCAGAUAGACGUGGUUCAUACCUUCCCUGGGAGAACCUUCCACGAUUUGGCUGGGAAGAGGAAGUCUAAGUCAAUAUCCAGUGCCGUGGACCUGGACGACCUUCCAAGUCGUCGAGGCCCUAAGCAGCAAAAGCCUGGUAAGACUUCCCUUCCCAAGGUCCCCAAGUUUGCACCUCCGACAGUGAACUUGGACGAACCUCUGGUGGAUGUGGAGCCCGUCCAAACAAUCCAUCCCAUCCAGACCGAUCCUCCCCCUCCACCCAAAGCUUCUCGCAAGCCUAGCUCGUCGGAGCCCUCUAAUCGUCCUUCCAAUCUGGUUCUGGACGAGGGUUAUGCAUGGAGGACGUUCAAAGGGAUCGUCACUGAUCGUGAAGUUAAUGAGUGCUACAACAUGUCAGUGAAGGAGUUUGAACGUUUUGGCAUCCAUGACCUUUUUAAGGAGCUUGCUACAGAGGCUAAGACAGCUAAGGACAAAGCUAAGGAGCUGAACAAUGAAGUUCUGCUAAAAAAGGGGGAGGUCCUUAGGUUGACCGAGGAUUUUAAUCGUCUACAAGGAAGUGAGACGAAACUGAAGAACGAGGUGGAAGAGCUUAAAGCUGAUAACUUGGAGAAGGAUACCCGUAUCAUCCAUCUCGAAGGACAAGUCUCUGAGUUUGCCUCGUCUUUAGAAAAAGUACGUGAAGAAACCAUAGCAGCCUUUAAGAAGUCUGACGAGUACAAGAAUCGUCCAGACUGCCACUACACAGCUGGCUAUGAGGACUUUUGUGCUGAUGCUAAGGAGGCAUAUCCUAACUUGGACUUCAAUUCUUUUAAGCUUCCCCUCGCUACUGAAAGUUCCUUGUUGCAGACGAGUUCUGAGGACGUCAACAUAAUGGACGAUGCUAACACCGAAGUGGCCCAGGACGGCCCUAAGACUACCAAGUGA